GAAGCAUAUGCACCUCGGAUAUUCUUUGAGGCUUCCAGACCUCCAUGGUUUACUCCCAGAUCACAGCAAGACUGUUCUGAAUACCUCAGGUUUCUGCUAGACAGGCUCCAUGAAGAAGAAAAGAUUGUGAAAGUUCAGUCCUCACACAAGUCUUCUGAAAGUCUGGGAUGCAAUGAAACUUCUUUACAGGAAGUAGCCAGUAAGGCAGAUGUACUAACAGAGACCUCUUGCACAAGUGAUGGUGAGAAGACUUUGAUAGAAAAAAUGUUUGGAGGAAAACUACGAACUCACAUAUGUUGUUUGAACUGCAGGAGCACCUCACAAAAAGUGGAAGCCUUUACAGAUCUUUCACUUGCCUUUUGUCCUUCAUCUUCUUUGGAAAACUUGUCUUUCCAAGAUCCAGCAUCAUCACCCAGUACACGAGAUGGUGGUCUAAUGCAAGCCAGUGUACCUCGUUCUUCAGAAGAAACAGUACUUUAUAAUCCAGUAACAGCUGCCUUUGUCUGUGACUCAGUUGUGAAUGAAAGAAUAGGCAGUCCUCCUGAUGAGUUUCAUUAUAUGGAAAACACUUCUGUCCCUAAUGAGUCUAACAAGAUUCUUACCAAUAAAGAUGUACCUCAGAAACCAGGAGGUGAAACCACACCUUCAGUAACUGACUUACUAAAUUAUUUUUUGGCUCCAGAGAUUCUUACUGGUGACAACCAAUAUUAUUGUGAAAACUGUGCCUCUCUACAGAAUGCUGAGAAAACUAUGCAAAUCACGGAGGAACCUGAAUACCUUAUUCUUACUCUCCUGAGAUUUUCAUAUGAUCAGAAGUAUCAUGUGAGAAGAAAAAUUUUAGACAAUGUGUCACUGCCACUGGUUUUGGAGUUGCCAGUUAAAAGAACUACUUCUUUCUCUUCGUUGUCAGAAAGUUGGUCUGUAGAUGUUGACUUCACUGAUAUUAAUGAGAACCUAGCUAAAAAAUUAAAGCCUUCUGGGACUGAAGAAGGUUGCUGCCCAAAAUUGGUGCCCUACCUAUUAAGUUCUAUUGUUGUUCACUCUGGUAUAUCUUCUGAAAGUGGGCAUUACUAUUCUUAUGCCAGAAACAUCACAGGUACAGAGUCUUCAUAUCAAAUGUGCCACCAGUCUGAAACUCUGGCAUUAACAUCCUCCCCAAGUCACUUACUAGGGAGAAAUAGUCCCAGUGUAAUUAUUGAAAAGGAUGUGGAAAAUAAGGAAAUGUCAAAAGAAUGGUUUUUAUUUAAUGACAGCAGAGUGACAUUUACUUCUUUUCAGUCAGUCCAGAAAAUUACAAGUAGGUUUCCAAAGGACACAGCUUAUGUACUUUUGUAUAAAAAACAGAACAGCACUAAUGGUUUAAGUGGUAAUAAUCCAACCAGUGGACUCUGGGUAAAUGGAGACCCACCUCUACAGAAAGAACUUAUGGAUGCAAUAACAAAAGACAAUAAACUAUAUUUGCAGGAACAAGAGUUGAAUGCUCGAGCCCGGGCCCUGCAAGCUGCAUCUGUCUCCUGUUCAUUUCGGCCCAAUGGAUUUGAUGACAAUGACCCACCAGGAAGCUGUGGACCAACUGGUGGAGGGGGUGGAGGAGGAUUUAAUACGGUUGGCAGACUCGUAUUUUGAUCCUGAGAGAGUUCAAAAUGCACUGGUCACAAAAUAUCCAAUACCAUGACUGUUAAAAUGUCAGACUGUAACAGAUAUAUCUAUCUUUUAUUUUUCUUUCCAUUAGACCCUUAGAAUUUAAGAAAACACUCAGUGCUUGUUUUUAUUUUCUUGACAAUACAUUUAUUAACAAAAUGCAUCAUGGGAAAAAAUCUACCUCUUAAAAUUCCAUUUGCGUUUGUGGUUAGACAUGCUUGACCAAAAAUGUUCAGAGGAAAAUAUGUACCUAGUCCCUAAUUAAGCUGCAUUAAAUUUGGUAGAAGCAUUUAAAUGGUCUAUCUUCAGUUUUACUGAAUAAAAUAUAUAAUUCAUUUAGCAUCCUUUAUAAAAGAAUUGAUGCUAGAGGUGAGAGAAAUAUUGUUUAGAAAAAGAAAAUAAAAUCCUUUAUUUCCUGUGUAGUUACCCCAUUAUUAAAUUCAAAUCAUUGAAAAUACUAGAGAUGAUACAGUCUCUAAUGAAGGCAAUAAUGUAAAAUUUAUCAAGCUUUAGCACUUUCCAGGUUUUUGUUUAGUGCUGUCUUCCGAAUCACUGUAUCUGCAUUUCAAGUACAAAUGUUUUAAAAACAGAUUAUGUACACAUAUGUGCUGAGUUGACUUUAAGAAAGUUGCAUGAUCCUGUAGGAGCAACAUUUUUACCUAAAAAUUGCUAAGUUUAUAGUAUUUCUAAUUGUUCAAGGAUUUUAACUUCUAUUUCAGGGAGUAUAUAUUCUGUGUAUUUUGAAGGAGGUGAGUUCUGUAUGUGCCUUGCAGUACUGUAAUUCAAAAAUAGGAAUCUUUGGCUGCAGAAAAGGUUUUUUUUAAAAUGAAAUGUUAGGAAGUAAUUUUUGUGCUAACAUUAAAAUUAUAACUUUUUGAAAGGUAUUAGAUUUUCCAGAAGUAAAAUCUGAUGGUUCUAAAUCAAUAAGUGUGAUAGUUCAUUUUUAACUCUUAGAAGAACUCAGAGGAAAUGAACCUUGUUAAGUAAAAAAUCUUUUUUGAUUUUGCUACUUAAUCCUCAGAAUAUUAAACAUUGAUCACAUAUUUCUAGAGUUGUGUAUUUGAGGGCAGUUUCUGUUUGUUUGGGUCAUAUGGUUUGCACAGUUGCUUCUAUUUCAUAGUUUCAGAUAAAAUAUUAAAAUGCCAGAUCCUA